AUGAGCGGCCAGGCUCCCUGCUCUGCUUCGCUUCUUCUGCUUCUGCUGCUGCUGGGUCAAGGGGGAGCCAAGCCCCUGGGCGAGAUCCAGAGCUUAUCCUCAUUGUUUGAGGAAGACCUGGAGCCCCCUAUGGGCGCAGAGGAGAUGGACCAGGGCCGGGAGGAGUCCCUGAUGGCUGGAGCCCUGGACCAGCCAGACGUGGUCUUCCCGUGGGCUAGAAGCCUGGAGGAGCAUCCGGUCGAUUUCCAGCAGCUUUUGAGAGAGUUGCUCAGCUCUGCCAGGAGGCACCAGUCCAGGAGCAAAAAGGGGUCGUCACGAGGCUGCUUCGGGGCCAAGCUGGACCGUAUCGGAGCCUUCAGUGGGAUGGGAUGCUGA